AUGCAGGUGCCAUGUCGAGGCCUUCUCAGGUACUACCGCUCAGAGCAUGAUGCGGAAGCUUAUCCUUGUCCUGCGGGCACUCUAGGGCUUAUGCCUGGUGCCACUAGCCACAAAAACUGUUCCCCUUGUCCUGCUGGAUACAUUUGCAAGAUGACAGAUGAAGGGGGGAAGUAUCUGAGAUCUUCUGCAGAGCCUUGCCCCGCUGGCCAUAUUUGCCUACGAGAUGCCGUCGCAUGUCCCGCUCCUAAGAGACUAGACCAGUGCUCACGACGAGCUGGAGAAUUUGUUGUCUACAAGGAUGAAGGCUACAAGGCUACAGCAUACUGCGCCGAGGGAACUGUGCAUCCAGAUGAUGCAAAGAAAAAUACUUCAGCUGCUAAUGGACUGUUCAGCUUGGAGGGAUACGGCAGCUGCAUGAGCUGCCCAGCCGGAUAUACUUGUGAAGGGGAUCUAUUCCCAGACCCUGUCCCAUAG